AUGUUCACUAAAAUAUUCACCAUUUCCGCUCUUGUAGCUUAUGCUCAAGCUGGAGUUUAUGAUCUUGGAGAUUAUAAACCUACAUCUUACUCUAGCGUUGCUCCAGUCGCUCAUUAUGGCGCAAAGUUGCCGCUUACCACCACCCCCGGCUAUUAUCAAGACCGUCGCUCCAGUAGCUCAAUACGCUACCCAAUCGUCAAGGCUGUCCACAAAGAAGUAUACCCAUAUACCCACCCACAAUACUCUUACCAAUACGGAGUACAAAAUGUUCACACCGGAGACGUCAAGAACCAACACAAAGAAUGCGACGGUGAUGUUGUAAAAGGAUACUCUAACUUAGUCUAA